AAACGCCAUGUCGAAUCGCUAAAAUUCUAGUUUCGAUUUGACAAGGAAGUAUAUCACAAGACACAAGGUCAAGGUUCCGUAAUUUACCUGUACUUCAAGACUUGAGACAGUGUUUUAAGAUGCCGUAUCCUUGUCCUGGCAUCCGGGUCGUCAGAGGACCCGGAUGGAGUGGCCAGGACCAAGAUGGCGGCGAUGGUCACGUGGGUACCGUCCUGGACGUGGACUCGACCAAGGGUCGUGUGACUGUCCUCUGGGACACCGGGAGGGAGUUUCAGUACGACGCGGGCGACAACGACAAGUUUGACUUGCUGGUGUUUGAUUCAGGACCUACAGCUGUUCAACAAAAGGGUGUCGUGUGUGACGGGUGCCGGGAGGAGAAUAUUGCAGGUGUUCGUUGGAAGUGUUCCAAAUGUACAGACUUUGACCUUUGCACUUUUUGCUACAUGGAAGAGCGGCAUGACGUCACACACGCCUUUCUGCGCAGUCUCACUCGCACUUCCCCUGUAGUGCGAGUUCCGCCAAGAUCAGGCGCGGCGCGAACCCAGUCUAGGGGCAUGUUCAAGGGCGCAACUGUCAUCCGGGGACUUCACUGGCGGUACGGCGACCAGGACGGCGGGGACGGCACGGUGGGCGAGAUCGUCAAGCUGGGCACGUACACAGGUGGGUGUGUCCGUGGGGCGGUCAAUGUCCGCUGGAACAAGUCUCACGACAGUCUCUGCGGGUACAGACUAGGAGCGGGGGGACAGGUUGCUCUCGCCGUGGUGGACGAGGCAAAUGGAUGGAAAUACUACAAAGAACAUUUGCCGAUCCUAGACGUACUGUAUCCUGAGACUGUGCGCUUCCAGAAAGGAGACAAGGUGCGAGUUGACGUUGAUCUGGAGACAUUCAAGAGCGUCCACCGGGAUCACAUCGGCUACAGAGACGACAUGAAGAGGUGUCUCGAUGACGUCGGUACAGUUGUUCGCCCCACCGAGGAAGACAAGGCGUAUGUGCGCGUUCAGUACGAGGAUGCUGAGAUCUGGGCAGUGAUGUCCAACUCUCUCACUAAGCUGCAUUCGUUUGAGGUUGGGGACAUUGUGAAGAUCACGUCCAACUACAACGCGGCCGUGGACCUUCAGGUCGGACACGGUGGCUGGACGGAACACAUGGCGGACAGCCUUGGAAAACAAGCGGAAGUGAUUGCCAUCGAUCGGGAUUGUGACCUGAAGGUCAAGGUCGACGGCAGGACGUGGGUCUUCAGUCCAGUCAGUUGUACCUUCAUGGACAAAAAGGCUGCAGUGGUCAGUCCGCCCAGCUCGGACAGGAGGGUGACCACCACGACAUCCUCUAAGCGGACAAUGUCCACAGGCGGUGGAGACAUUCGGGACCUCCUGGCCAAACUGCGAGUCUCCCUAUCGGAGGGGUCCACCAAACAGCUGAUCGCCGCCGCCCAACGCGGUGAUGUGGACAAAGUCAAGGCAGUUCUUCGAUCUCUUGACAAAACUAAGAUUGAUGACGACACAGAGGGAGUGACUGCUUUGCACACGGCUUGCUUCUUGGGUCAUCUGGAUAUUGUGACGUCACUUCUGAGCGCCGGAAGUGAUAAAAAUCGUGUCAGCAAGGAUGGGAACACUCCUCUUCACUAUGCUGUGUCAGGUGACCAUGCAGAUGUGGUGGAAGCGCUGCUCAAAGCUAAAGCCGAGAUGGACAUAAAAAACACCAAGGCCGUGACCCCGCUCCACCUGGCGGUGGUAAAGGAAGACCCUAGCGCCACCUGUGCCACCGUCCUCGUCAAACACGGGAGUGAUCCCAAUACCCAGGACACAGAGGGAGACACCCCUCUCCAUGACGCCAUCACCAGCCAGGACAAGGACCUCGUAAAGGUCAUCCUUCAGUGCAGGAACAUCAACCUCCAGCUGUGCAACACCCAGGGCCUCAACCCUUUCCACCUGGCCUGUCGGAGUCUGUCUGGGGAUGUAGAAGUCCCCCGCCAGCUGAUACAGAAAGACGGUGGCGUUGUGAACUCCAUCAUACGCCAGGGUCAACUCUCCCCUCUCCAUAUUGCUGUCGUUAACGAGUUUGUCGGACUCGCCGGUCUUCUCAUAAGUGCUGAUGCCAAGGUGAAUGCCUGUGACGAGAAUGGCAAAACCCCCCUGCAUUUGGCCGUACAUCGAGGCAACAUGGAGCUAGUGGCACUUCUCACUGAAUCGAACGCCGACCUAAACAUCCGCGACAGUGACGGCAACACUCCACUACACGCUGCCCACAUGGACGACGACAUUGCGGGGGUGGGUGCAUCACGUGACGAGGACGCGGCGGUUGCUAUCAGGUGCCACCUGGCGGAGAACGGAGGGAAUGUGACCUUGAAGAACAAGGACGGGAAGACGCCAUUAGACCUCGUGAAAAACAAGGAAGUCCGGGUGAUGCUUGAAAAACUUGCAAGACAGCCAAGAUCCAUGCUGUCAAAGACAAGACAACAGCCCGCUCACUGGACGAGCAUGGGUAGCGACGCAGUGAAGUUGGUUCCCGUUACUGCCGCCGACCCCACCACGGCCAAUGAGCACCGGACUGUCACCAAACGCAUGCAGGAUACUCUGUACAAUAAAACCAUUGUGGCCGUCCAGCGAGUGCAGAACAUCAAACUGUGGGAACAUUACGCUGUAGCCAAAGCUCGCAUGGAGGAAAGUUACGGCAAAGGGCAGGCAAACGAGCAGAGUCUUUUCCAUGGAACUACGCCAGAUUCCGCCAAAGACAUACCCAUUCAGAACAUUGACUUCCGUCUGUCGGGGAACCGUGUGGGGGCGCUGUUCGGACUUGGGGCGUAUUUCGCCGUCGAUGCCAAGUACUCCGACAACUACACCAAGGAGGACGUUCGCAAGCACCGCUUCAUGUUCCUGGCCAAGGUUCUGGUCGGCAGGACAAGGAAGGGAGCGAAAGACAUGACACGCCCACCUGUGUUUGACCUGAGUGACAAGACCAAACUGGCUGAUUCAACAUGUGAUGAUGAACUUAGACCUCGGGUCUAUGUGAUAUUUAGUGACAAACAAAUUUAUCCCGAGUACCUCGUCGAAUACGAAUAGAAUGUCCGACUCAAACCUCGCUGUCAAUGGCUACCGUCUCGUUGUCUGAUUACAGUUGAAAACACUAGCCUGAUAUGUCUUAUCAACUAUUCUGAAAUCCUGUAUAUAAUCUCCGAACUCUGAACCAACGUGUAAAGGAUGGAGUGUGGUAAUCAUCUUCAAGGGCCCUUUGGUCCUUUGGGGAUAAAUUUAAAGUUUGGGAACAAUUUAAAAUAUGUCACAGAUUUUAUCAAAAAUGUUCAGAUUACUUCGCAUUGUGUUCUUUAGGUGUUGAUUUUCACGUCUUCAGUAAAGCACAGUUAACAUGAAUGUCUUUGGCGAACACUCUGAUUUCCCUCUUCCCAUGAUAUAAAUUCAGCUGAUAGAUCAAGGAAACCGAACCAUUUUGAUUACACAGUCGGGACCCGGCAGUGCGAGUAACCGACUGUUGGUCCGAUAUUCAAAGCGCGGCGCUAAUGUGAUUUUUCAAAUUUUCUUAAAGGUGUCCUGCGCUUGAACAUGGCGCUUGAAUUACCAUAAGUUGAAGAAAUUUUUUCAAAAGGAUCUAGAGCGUCGGUUCUGUUUUGGUUUCAAACACAACUGCAGGCGCACGUUGUUAAUGCGUAUGCAUAGAAAUGUCAACAAUGACCAUAUUUGGGCAUAUAUCAAUAUUCAUGCGAAACCAGAUUUUGUAACCGGUUUCAGUUUGGUCAGU